AUGGCGCUGCCCAGCGGGCUCCGGCGCUGCCCUGGGCCGGUCCGCGCCUUCUCCACCCGCCUUCUGGCGGCGACGGCCAGACCCGGCUGGGCCGGGCUGGAGCCGCGGGGCCCGGUUGCCCUGACCGGCGCCCGGCCCCCCGCGCGCUUCUGCGCCAGCGACGAGCAGAGCCGGCGGGGGGGUACGCCGGGGGCGGGCGGCGGCCGGAGCGUGGCGGUGGUGGGGAUCCCCAACCCCUUCAUCUGGGUCCGCACCAGGCUCUGCUGCUUCUUCAUCCAGGCCUUCUUCGACCAGGAGUUCAGCAUCGAGGAGUUCACCCAAGGGGCCAAGCAGGCCUUUGCUCUUGUUUCAAAGCUGUUGUCUCAAUGUAAACUUGAUCUGUUGGAGGAAUUUGUGUCAAAAGAGGUACUUCAAGUGUUGGAGGAGAAGCUUUCUUCAUUGUCUGAAAACCACAGGAAUGCCCUGGCUGCUGACAUGGAUGAAAUAAUGUAUACAACAGAAGGAGAUGUUGGCAUUUACUAUGAUGACAGUGGAAGAAAGUUUGUUAGUAUCCUGAUGCGCUUCUGGUAUCUAACUAGUGCUGACCUUCCUGAUGAGGCUCCAGAUGGAACCAAAGUUUUCCACGUUGUAAUUGGAGAUAAAACUGUGAAAGAAACUAAACAUCUUCUAACAGCAAACUAUGAGUUCCGAAGGGAAUUUACACAAGGAGUGAAGGCAGACUGGACUAUUACACGGAUUGAGCAUCCAAAGCUAUUAGAAUAAAUUUCUUGUACAAUGACUUUUAUGGACCCUUAUAAAUCCUCUGGCAUACCAAAGGUGUCAAGCUUUUUUGGUCUCCCCACAACAAUCUCUUUUCAGGAUUAAUUUUAUAUUUUUUAAUUCCCAAAAUACUUUUGAUUUUAUCAUAUACAGUAUAUUGCUCUGAAAGAAUAACAAUAAAGCCUUUUCCAU